GGAUACAGCGGCUGGCCUAGCGACGGAGCGCUCGCGAUAAAGUAGCCGCUGCCGAGAGUGUCGUUCGCUAUCCGAAUAUCAAGUAAAAUGGCUGAUCCAGAGAAAGAGGCAGGUGACCUUAUUGAAGAGGAUGUUGAUGUAUCAGUACCUGAGCAGCAACUUUUAGAGGACGCAUCAGUAUCAGAACAAACAGAAGAAGUUACAGACUUUGUAAGAACUACAGAAAAGCGGACAGAUGCAGCGCUGUCAAAUGAAACAGCUCUGCCUGCAGAACAGAAGCAGUUAAUGCUUGAGUCUAGCACUACUGAGGAGCGGACAGAGAGACUGGACAGUGUAACAGAGCUAGAGGAAGCCCAUGCAGAACCCCAGGUUCAGGAAGAUGUUGCAGAUGUCAAAGACCUUAGUGAUGAACUUCAGUCUGAUGUCGACACACCAGCUCCAGUAGUCGAAAUUACAGCAAAAGCCGUUAGAACUCCUGCUGAAAAUGUGUCUGGAUUAGCUGCAGAAACACAUGCUAUGAGUAGCACGCCAUCAGGAAUUUGGGGAUCUCAAGUACCACAAGUUCCAGAAGAUGCAAACGAUUUUACUUUGACAGUUAAAAUCAUGCUGCAUCCUGCUAUCCAAAUUUUCACUAUGGCUUUCAGUCCUAACAAAACCGUGGGGCAAAUAAAACAGUAUUUUUCAUCAAGAUUAAAAAUACCACAGGAUGUUUUACAGUUCAUUUUGCUAGGAAGAAUAAUGGAGGAUAGUGAAACGCUACAGGAUCUUGCCGCUAAAUGUCAUGGAACUGCACAGUUCGAUAUGUUCUCCUUAGAUGAAGAACGCUUUCCAAUCAAAGCAUCUAAACUCCUCCAAGAAUACUAUAUGCCUGAUGUUAUAACUGUCAACGUGCAAACCGAUGCAGACACAUUUCAGGAUGUAUCCGUAGAGAUUACAAGGCCAACUUAUGAGAAACCGUUUCUGGGUGGAUUUAGAAAUAGGCUAACUGGCGUGGAAUAUCACAAUGCAGGAUCACAGACAGUACCCAGAAAACGUCCAGAUAAAGAAUAUAUAGAGUUCUGUCGGUCGACACAGACCGUGGUUGAGAGGAAAAAGCUGCAACAGACGAGAAAUACAACUUCCACUCAGAUGACUAAAAUUGGUGUUUAUGUGUCAAACAUCACAGACAAACUCAUUGAACCAAAGGGCUAUGUCACAGCUGAAGAGUACCACGCACGAAGACUUAAGGCAGUCAUUGUAAUACAAACCUACUUCCGACGGUGGAAUGCUAUCAAUAUAGUAGCAAGACUAAAAGAAGAAAAACGGUUGAGAUUGGAGUGGGAAGAACAGGAGGAAAAAAGAAAAGAGCAAGAGAAGGCGGAGAGACUACGAAGAGAGUAUGAUCGAAGGAUGCAUCCUAAAACAAAGGAUGAUUUUGAGCUACUCUAUCAUGCUUUGGAAUUAUGGAGGCAGGAGGAGCUUGCCCGCCUCAACAAUACCUUCACUGGAGCUGAGCUCAAGGCAGCGCUCUGUGCACUUUUAGAGAAAGAGGCCCAGCUGAUAGCUUCCAUUGGGAGGCACAAACUCAAUGCUGAUGACGAGAACGAGCAAAAGGCAAUCCUGUCCUUCCUGGAAAAGUGUGCCAGUCCCAAAAAAUGGAAGGCUUUUGAUGGUAAAAUCACAGAAAUGGAUACGCAGUUCACUCUGCGUGCCAGGGAACUCCUGGAAAUCUUCCGCAGCAUUAGUAUGAAAGACAUUCUUCAAGAUGAGCGGCUAGAUGUGCUCUUGACACUGAAGCACACGGUGAAGGAGCAUGACUGUACGCUCACACAUGAAAUAGUGGAACUAAUAGAUAGAGAGGCUGAUCUCAUGAUGAGAGGAGUGAAGGAACAUAAUCUAGAAGGGCUCAGAAAAAGAAUAUGUACACUGUUUCUGCAGUAUAUUAAAACACCACUCUUUAACCCAGAGGUCGCAAGGUAUCUCAAGGUCCCGCCAGAUCCAAUGAGGCUGUAUCACAACAUCUACUUUUGCCUCAGUUGCAAAUGCUACCUGCCUUCUACUGAUUUCACCAUGGCUGCCAGUUCACGCACCAUUGGCCGGUGCCGUCGGUGCUGCAAGCUGGAUAACGAAGCUCGUCAGAGAGAAGCCUUUUUGAAGUACAAACUUAUGCUUCGGAAUCUCAGGCAAUCUGAAAUGAAUUAUAAGGAUGGCGCUAAGAUCGCAUUCCUGAUACAGCAGCAAGAUCUGCAAUAUAUGGUUGAGAAGUUUUGGGGUUCUCAAUCGGCUCUUAGUGCCCGGGAUGAUCUCUACGACCUGGUUAUGGUCAGGUGGGAUAAAUAUCAUGAAUGGGUCCCAUGGAACACUGUUCUUCUCACAAAGGAUGAAGCUGAGGCUCACCUUAAAUUGACAAAUCUUGAAAAGGCUUAUGAGAUGGUGUUUGUUCAUAGAAUCAAGCACAGACAUAUCCUGGCAAAGAACUAUUUCUCCCAGUUCCCAGAGAUGGCAGCAGCUCUACAUAAAGAUGACAAGCAGGCUUGCUCAAGUGAUCUUUUAGCAGCAAAUCCUUUAACACCCAGUUCGACAAAGCAAUCCACUAAGGAGAAGACUGUUCACUGAUUUACUGCUUGAAAAAUCCGUCUCAUCUCAAGAUAAAGGAACAUUUGUUUCUUUCUGUCUUCAUUGCUCUGUCUUUUCCUAAUUGUGCUUUAAGGAAUAUACAGUUGUCUGAAAGCUAACUUCCAACAAAUGGAUCUCAGCUUAGUUAUUAUUAUGCUGCAUUUCUCUGAAAAUUAAUUAUAUUUAGAUGUAUGAUUUUUAAAAAAACAAAACCUUCCAUCCAUA